AUGGCGGACAAAGGUCUCGAGGAGGUCCCAGAAGGCCAAAUCGAGUCGAACUACGAUGAAGUCACCGAUUCUUUCGAUGCGAUGAACCUCAAAGCAGAGCUUCUACGAGGUGUCUACGCCUACGGUUUCGAACGACCAUCUGCCAUUCAGCAGCGCGCUAUCAUGCCAGUCAUCAAAGGAUCUGAUGUCAUUGCACAGGCACAGUCUGGUACUGGAAAGACCGCCACUUUCUCUAUCUCCUGUCUGCAAAAGAUCGAUCCCAACCUCAAGGCCUGCCAGGCUCUUAUCCUUGCCCCAACCCGUGAGUUGGCACAGCAAAUCCAGAAAGUUGUCGUCGCCAUUGGUGACUUCAUGAGCGUUGAGUGCCAUGCUUGCAUUGGUGGUACCAAUGUCCGUGAGGACAUGAAGGCUCUCCAGGAUGGCCCACAGGUCGUUGUCGGUACGCCUGGUCGCGUACAAGACAUGAUCCAACGCCGCGUUCUCAAGACUGAUAACAUGAAAAUGUUUAUUCUCGAUGAGGCUGAUGAAAUGCUUUCUCGAGGUUUCACCGAACAAAUCUACGACAUCUUCCAGCUUCUUCCUCAAUCCACCCAAGUCGUUCUUCUAUCCGCCACCAUGCCACAAGAUGUGCUCGAGGUCACCACCAAAUUCAUGCGUGACCCCGUUCGUAUCCUUGUCAAGAAGGCUGAGUUGACCCUUGAAGGUAUCAAGCAAUUCUAUAUUGCUGUUGAGAAGGAAGAAUGGAAGCUUGAUACCCUAUCUGAUCUCUACGAAACCGUCACCAUCACCCAGGCCGUCAUCUUCUGCAACACCAGAAGAAAGGUUGACUGGCUUACCGACAAGCUUACCGCUCGUGAUUUCACUGUCUCUGCAAUGCACGGCGACAUGGAACAGGCUCAGCGUGACGUCAUCAUGAAGGAGUUCCGAUCCGGAUCUUCUCGUGUUCUGAUCGCCACCGAUCUGCUUGCUCGUGGCAUCGACGUCCAACAGGUCUCCCUGGUCAUCAACUAUGAUCUGCCUGCCAAUCGUGAGAACUACAUCCAUCGUAUCGGACGAGGUGGUCGUUUCGGCCGAAAGGGUGUCGCUAUCAACUUCGUCACUGCUGAUGAUGUCCGCAUGAUGAGAGAAAUCGAGCAGUUCUAUUCUACCCAAAUCGAGGAGAUGCCAAUGAACGUUGCUGGUGAGUUGCUUUUCAACCUCCCCCCUUCUAACAGCAUCACAUAUUGA